GUGCAGUGUGUGAGUUAGGAGGAGGUAUGACUUGUCUUGCAGGGCUAAUGGUUGCCAUUUGUGCUGACGUGGAGGAAGUUCUGCUAUCAGAUGGGAAUGAGAAGUCCAUUCAGAAUGUGAGACGGUUGGUGGAGAAAACCAGACAAGCUGGAAAGUUUGGCUCAAGUCAUGUAUCUGCCAGUUUGUUCCUCGACAAGUACAGAGCCAGCCUGGUUGAUGCCAUAAGGAGAUUACUGCAACCCAACGGCAUGGCGUUGGUUCUCGCUCCGCUGCGUGGUGAAACGCUGAGGCUGUUCUGUCAGUUGGCCCAACAGGCCGGACUCUGCGUCUCUCAGCACCAGCAGUACGACGCUCAGGUCUGGGAAGUUCACUUGAAGAUGCAGAGAGAGGGGAAAGAAGCCUACGACGAGAACAUCCACUAUCCUCUCCUCCUCACCCUGACCAAAGGACCUGUCGGCCUCUCUCUGUAAAUCAAGUGAGCCCUCAUCUCCACACCGUCCCACACUGACGCCACAGAGACAACAAUGUGGUCUGAGUCAAAAGAACAGUAUUAGAAAACACCGACGCUGCGUUUGUCUCAGUGUCGAGUCAAACUGAGAAAUGGGGGGAAAUCAAGCCGCGGUUGUAUUUGAGACAUUUUUAUAUUUAGGUCGGCCACUGAGAGAAUUUAUAUUAAUAUUGGAGUGUGUUUGUUUUGUAGUUUGAAGUGUUGGUGAGGAACAAUGUCAUUUCCAAAGCAGUGGGGAUACAUUUACUGUACAAGAGAAGGAAGAGUUAGGCACAUUCUAUCUAUUCAUAUCUAUUCUAACCAUCUGCCAUGUGUUAAAAACAACCUUUAAACCUUUUAAACAAUUCAGUUAGUUAACCAGCCAUCCAGGAAGGUGAAGCAGUCAGUCACCAUCACAAACAGACUACAACACAGUCCCGCACUUCUUUUAAAAAAGGCCAGCAGUGUUUCCAGACUUCUCAGGUUUUACAGGAGUGUGGACGGCUGACGUAAAACAAAAAGCGUAGCAGUGUUCAUGUAGCCUCAGUCAUUCCUGCUGAAGAGGGGUCAGUCAUUCAGUCAGUUGACCGGUUGGUAUCAACCCUGUCACUGUGUUUGUGGCCACAGCUCAAAUAUAUUUACCAUCACAGACUGUGGAGCAGUUCACAGUUUCCUUUAUUUCUCUCUGUUUCUUUCUUCUCCCACUUUUAUUUGAGGUCAGUAUUUAGAUCAACACAGUCUGUUGAAAGGUUUGCGACACGCUGGUGGAAGCUCUGAGUCUGAACCACCUUCAGGUAGUGUGUGUGUCUGAAGAGAGACACCUUAGUUGUGAUGACUCCUUAACUACUCGCAUUUAUUAAGAGUGACCCCAAUACUGUGGAAUAGAUUCAAAAGGUCUAAGAUAUGCUGCACAGAGCCAGAUUUCUGUGCAUCACGUCUGUUUCUGUUUUUUGAUAUUUCUAACGCAGACCUCUGGAUGGUCUCUUACCUCUGGAUGGUCUCUUACCUCUUCUCUUCUCUGUGAUUGAAGCAUCGUGCUCGAUGUUCAUGCUUUAGCCUAUUUUAGGGGUUUUUGAGCAACGCUUUGCUUCUUAAUAUAUUUAGAUCACUACAAACAGUAUACUGAUUAUUUAUAUGAUGACAUAUUGGUAGAUAAUUGUUUAAUGGUUUGUUAAUUUGUCUUUACAUUCUGUACAUGGCAAGACUAUUUCUUUCUGUUUCUCAUGUUAUCUCUCCAGAAAAAGGAAAAGGAAUACUACAGUAUUCUUAUUGCCACUAUACAGAUAAAAGACGUCAUACAGUAUCUGUUAACACAAUGAUAUUAAAAAAGUGGCAAACACAUUUUCAGUAUGAAUGUAAAACCAAAAAAUGCCUGAAAAACAACAAUAUUAAAGAGAACAAGCAGCUUGAAAAAGAAAACGACGCAGCCACAACCAGUGCAGGAGUAAAGUAUGAUUUCAGAUUUAUCAAAGAAGUGCCACCAUAGUUUUAAAAGUCCCACAAUCUCAAGAUUAAAAAAGUUUACACAUCACAGGCCAAUUCGCGAUCCUCUGUUGGCGUUUUUUCGAUCAGCACAGCUUUCCUCAGGUCUUUGCUCUUGCAUUCAGCGCUCUCUUCUCUCAAGUGUUAUUAAAACAUGCCAAGUGUUAGCUGGUCACUCAAGCCUGAAGUUGUACCUAUCACUAGUAAGGUGUUUCCAUAUUUCACUGUGAUCCACGCUGUAUAUACGACAGCCAAGAAGCUAUGCAGUAUCUCCCAGCGGCUGGUGUUUACGUUUCUCAUGUUAAAAAAAGAAUAAUCCACCUUCAGAAAAGAAAAGCAUUCCCUUCGUGUUCUGCUCUGAAAGCUAAAUUAAUCCAGGUUUAUCAGGGCUCUCGGUGCUUUGAGGACUUAAAUUGCAUUGCAAAGGUUUAGAAGUGUAGUUAACUACAUUUUUAUCUGCAAUGCAGUUAGCUGGAUACCUUUGAUACCUGUGGGCUAACAUACUGUAUUAAUACCAUCCCAACUGUGACUGUGAGCCGAGACUCUACCACUAAUAACGACGCCACACUUCAUCGGUCUUCGCCGUUUACUGUGAAGUCUGCGUGGUUUCUUGCGACAUCGCUGCCUCUGUCAGUUGCAAAAAAUAUUCCCCUGGUGAACCCAUAAGCUGUUGUAAUGUCCCGUUUUCACAUGGACCCCGUUCAGACCUGCUAUCAACACCCAUCCUGAGUGAUCACAAGUGGUCAGCUCUGAAAACAGGUCUGAUCAGCUGAACCACAGUCUUAUCGCUGUGUGAACGCAAAUGCAUCCUGGGCCACAUACGCCUGCUCAGCUGACGUCUUCUGACCUGCUACAGUUAAAUUGAUUUCAAUCUCUAGCUGAGCAAGAGCAACAUCAUAUGGUCUUCGCAUUCAGAAAUUAUGCACGUGAUUAUUUGCAUAUAGAGCGGAGAACUGAGAUCCAAUCGCAGAUGGUCACACGAGACACAUCCAGGACACAUUUUAAUACCAGACGAACUUAACGCUGUCCACUUGUGAUGGGAUCAGUCAGCUCAGAACGGGGCAAUGAGGAUGCUGUUACCUCUUGUUGUGAUAUUAGUGCCGUAUGUGAGGAGACUUACCCCACCCAACCCCAAAGAGCCAGAGAUAGUCAGUGUUUUUUGGAGACGUCUUUCCAUGGAUUUGAUAACAUUAAUAAUAGUAAGAGAGAGAUCCUGUGUUGCAGCCUGAGAAUCUCUUCAGGCAAACAUGAAGCAGGAAUGUUCUGUUCCUUUACAUUUGUGACAUUGUGCUGUGAGAUGUCGUGAGACAGAACUCAUUGAUUCUUUGGUCAUUUGCCGGUGAUGUCCACACUAAUCCUGAUACAUUUCAAUUAGGAUCUGAUUUUUUCGGUUAUGGCCUUUUUUCCCCCCACAGCUAACCACAAAAAAAACCGAACACGUUAAUGUGGCAUUUGCUGCAUUUUACUGCAUUUUUCUGCAUAUAGAGACAAUUAUGUACAACUAGCAUGUGAUAUGCAUUAAAGCUGCUGGCUUAAUUUUCCGUGCAGGGUCAAAUGCAUUAGCUUUUAGCAUUUUUGUAAUGUUUACUGAACUGAACAAUGUAGCCUGCACCUAAUUGAAAUAUUUCCAUUUAUCUACUUUAGUGUGGACAUGGCCUCAUAUAGUGAGUCUCUGCUCAUUAUAUCAGAUUCCCAGUGGGUUGAAUGUAGUUUGCAGUCUAAGAGUGGGUGAUAUUUUUUGUGAAUGAAUAAAAAUAAAAGCAUUUUC